CCGAGCAGCGCCGGGGGCGUGUCUCGAGCCCUCCGCGUGUGCUCACCUGUAAACGCGGGAGGUUUGGCUCAGAAGCUGUGGCGCCCGCCGCGUAGGCGGCUUUCCCUUCUCCGGCGAGAGCAGUGAGCUUCUCGGGGGCCCAGAACCGUGAGGCAGUGUCGGACUCCGGCGCGGCUCGAUGGAGGUGGUGGAGGCCGCCGCUGCGCAGCUGGAAACCCUCAAGUUCUGUGGCGCCGGCUUUGGGGUUGGCGAGAGUCCGCCGGGGCCGGGGCCGCGGGCGAGCGAGGGGUGCCCGGAGAGGGAGCAGGCCGUCGGGCCCCAGCCGGCCCUGAGCGCCGAGUGAGACAGAUUCAGACAGUUCAAGCUCCUCCUCUACCUCCUCCUCCUCCUCCUCAUCGUCAUCUUCCUCUUGUGCUUCAUUGCCUCCUGUGCUCUCAGAUGGAGAAGAUGAUUUACAAGUUGAGAAGGAAAACAAGAAUUUUCCUCUAAAAACAAAAGAUGAGUUACUUCUUAAUGAACUACCUUCUGUUGAAGAACUCACUGUUAUUUUGCCUGAAGAUAUUGAAUUAAAGCCCUUUGGGAUGGUUUCAAGUAUUAUUGAACAAUUAGUAAUAAUUGAAUCUAUGAGUAACCUACCUCCAGUUAAUGAGGAGACUGUAAUUUUUAGAAGUGAUCGACAAGCAGCAGGAAAGAUAUUUGAAAUUUUUGGACCUGUUGCACAUCCAUUUUAUGUGUUGAGGUUUAAUUCUUCAGACCACAUUGAAAGAAAAGGUAUUAAAAUAAAGGAGAUUAUGUAUUUUGCUCCAUCCACGAAAGAUUUUACCCAGUAUGUUUUCACAGACAAACUUAAACAGGAUAGGGGCUCAGAUGCAUCAUGGAAGAAUGAUCAGGAACCACCACCAGAUGCAUUAGAUUUCAGUGAUGAUGAAAAAGAAAAAGAAGCCAAACAGAGGAAAAAAUCUCAGAUUCAAGGUCGGAAGAAACUAAAAUCCGAAUUUAGUGAGCCAGGUGAAGAUUUUGCUGAAGUACAUCAGAAUUGGAAUGCUUAUAGCUCUACAGAGCAUUCAAAAGUCUAUCACAGCAGACAUUUCUCACGAGGAUUUUCCAGGGGCAGAUACCCUCGACCUGGCCACAGCAGGCCUCCACCUCAGCACUUCUAUAACUCAGGACAUAUGGUAUCUCAGGAGACUUCGGGAUUUCCACCACAGGGACAAGACGGUCCUGUGAUGCCACAGUAUCCCUUUCCUCCUCCAGUGUUUGACAUGCAUAACUUUUCACUCCCGCCACCACUACCGCCGCCCCCAUCUGUGAACAUGGGUUGGGCUGCAGCCAACAUGGCACCUCAUCCAAUGCUCAACUUACCGUACUCCCUGCCUCCGCCUCCUCCUCCUCCACCGCCGCCUCCCCCACCCUCUCCUGGAGAUAGUAGUGCUUCUCAUUUUGGACCUUACUAUUAGGGGCAUGCAUCAUUUCCAGAGAACGAUGGACUUUUCCUAGUAUAUAUGUAAGGUUUUUGUUUUUUGCUUUUUUAAAAGAAAAGUAAUUACAGAGCUAGAUUUUUACAAACACUGUAAAAUAUUAAAUGAUUCAGUUGUAAGUUGAUAUAUAUUUGUAACUUUUGUGAAAUUGUAUUCAUAUGAAAAUUUUAGCUCGAAUUCUUGGAAGUAAAUCCAAUUAUGUAAUACUGUAUUUAAUUACAACUUUGAAUCAUGCUUUCCUGUACUCCCACCCAUAAAACAGUAUAUAUGGUAAUGGACAUGGAGCAGGUUCCAUCAUGGAUUAAACUGUAUUGAAUGUUGAUUGCCUUUUCUGGUAAAAUCUGAAAAACAAGAUGUUGAAGCCCUAUUAAGAGUCUGUAAACUAUUUUUAUAAUCUUACACUUUCAGAAUUUAUUUUUACUGUGGUGUCAUGUAGCAGUAAUUAACCCUAACCCCCUUUUUUUAAAAAAAAGAGUGAAAAGUAUAGAGGAGAAAAACUAUAUAUUGGCAGAGUCUCUAGUUAAAGUUAAUAUUAAUGAAUUAUUUGUAGUUUUCCAUUAUCUAUGCAGAGUUCCAGUUGUUUACGUACUAUUCUGAAAGCUUUGCUAUUUAACAACUUUAACGCUAAGGUGUAUUGAGGGAUCAUUGUCUUCUGUCUCACAUAUUUUUACAUGCUUGGCACGGAUUAGAUGCUUAAUAAAUAUUUACUGAAUGAAUGAAUUUGA